CUCCUUCCUUUCUCCGCUGCUGCGGGCAGCGCGGGGCCGAGGCGGUGCAGCCGCCCUGUGGCGCGUUCUCGCGACACUUCCCGCCGAGCGGAGCCGCUGAUUGCGGCGGCAGCGCCCAGCGUGGCGGCGCCUGGGGCGGGGGGGGGACCCAGGUCUGGAUUCACACGCGCCCCGCUGCACACGCGGAACCCAAGAGGGGGAGUCGCCGCCGCCGCCGCCCAUAAGCGGCCGCCCGCCCGCCGAGCCUGCUGCACCCUGAGCCUGGCUGACCCCAGUGCAGGCAGCAGCGGGGGUUCAGGUCCUUUGCGGAAACUGCGUCCCCCCCCCCCCCCAGUCUCGUCCUAUUUCUGCGGUUUGGAUGCCGACGAGAGCAGAGGAGCCGCUAGCGAGAAGCAGCACCACGCAGCCCGGCUGCAGCGGGCGCUGAGAAGGCGGGCGACUGCCUCAGUCAGCAGCCUCCGCUUCGCUUGGCUCCCCCCCGAGCAGUGGCUUUAAGUGGCUCCCGUCCCCGCGGCUUAUCCAGCCGCCUCAAAGUUUCAGCCUGUCCCCGCUGCCGGGCAGAGCCCGGCUCCACAUCCAUGGUGGAGGCGAUAGUGGAAUUUGACUACAAGGCUCAACAUGAUGAUGAGCUGACAAUCAAUGUAGGUGACAUAAUCACCAAUAUCAAGAAAGAGACUGGAGGCUGGUGGGAAGGACAGCUCAAAGGCAGAAGAGGUUUGUUCCCUGACAACUUUGUAAGAGAAAUGAAGAAAGAAAGUAUUGCCAACAAACCACCAGAGAAGCCUAUAGAUGAAGUUUCCAAUGGAAGCCCUUUACUGUUUUCUGAGACGAUUGUUAGGACCACCAGAAAAGGGGAGAGAAAUAGGAGGAGAAGAUGUCAGGUGGCUUUCAGUUACAUGCCUCAGAAUGAAGAUGAGCUGGAGUUAAAAGUUGGUGACAUCAUUGAAGUGAUGGGAGAAGUGGAGGAGGGCUGGUGGGAAGGAAUUCUCAAUGGAAAGACUGGCAUGUUUCCUUCCAACUUCAUAAAGGAACUUUCUGUUGAUUCUGAUGAUGUGGAAAUUGCACAGGAGGAACAACUAAUAAAGCCAAGAAAGUCUGCCUUUCAUGGAACAGUUCUGUACAGAGUGGCACAAGCAAAGAUUGACAGCUACAGACGUUAUAACAGUUUAAGAGAUGCUACAGGCUCUGAGAGUGAUGGUGGUGACUCAAGCAGCACAAAAUCAGAAGGAGCCAAUGGAGCAGCAGCAAUCCAACCCAAAAAGGUCAAGGGGAUUGGUUUUGGCGAUAUCUUCAAAGACAAACCAAUAAAGCUACGGCCAAGGUCAAUAGAAGUAGAAAAUGACUUUCCACCAGUAGAAAAGACUGUUGGGAAGAAAUUACCUCCAGCUACAGCAGCUCAAGAGCCAACGAAAAUAGAAAUGGACAGCAGAAUCAAGAUCAAGGAGUAUUGCAAAGUAAUAUUUCCAUAUGAAGCACAGAAUGAAGAUGAACUGACAAUCAAAGAAGGUGAUAUCGUCAUACUUAUCAGUAAGGAUUGCAUUGAUGCAGGCUGGUGGGAAGGAGAACUCAAUGGCAGGCGUGGAGUGUUUCCAGAUAACUUUGUCAAGCUUCUUCCCUCUGAUUUUGAAAAAGAGAGACCUAAGAAACCACCACCUCCAUCAGCUCCUGUCAUCAAACAAGGGUCAGGUGCCACAGACAGAAAACAUGAAAUCAAAAAGGUACCUCCUGAAAGGCCAGAAUGUCUUCCUAAUCGAACAGAGGAGAAAGAAAGACCAGAAAGAGAGAAAAAACUGGUAGAUUCGCAUAAGCCUUCGGUUCCUGCGAUACCGCCGAAGAAACCUCGACCACCCAAAGCAAACUCUCUGAACAGACCUGGUACAUUGCCCCCAAGACGACCAGAAAGACCAGCUGUGCCUCUGACGCAUACAAGGAAUGAUAGUACAAAAAUAGAGUUAGUGGGCAGUACAGUAUCCGGAACCUUGGAGAAGGACUCCUCAGAAAGAAGCAGUGACAUUGAUCUGGAAGGUUUUGACUCUGUAGUACCAGUUGCUGAGAAGCUCAGUCAUCCAACUACAACCAGACCAAAAGCUACUGGCAGACGACCUCCAUCCCAGUCACUCACAUCUUCCUCCCUUUCAAGUCCUGAUUUCUUUGACUCACCGAGCCCUGAAGAGGAAAAGGAAGAACAUGUGUCCAUUAUACAUAAAGCAACUGAAGUGUCAAAGAAAACAAAGACUGUUACAAUAUCACAAGUGUCUGAUAAUAAAACUUCAUUGCCUCCAAAACCAGGGGGUUUGACUAGUGGGAGUAAUGUACAAGCAUCAUUAUCCUCAUCCUCACCUGCACUUCAUUCAGUUACUGUGGGAACAACAGGCCAUAGGUCAAAUUCCCCAUCAUUGUUCAGUACUGAAGGAAAGCCAAAGACUGAGCUCUCAAGCCAGGGUCCGGCAGCCUUGGAAGAGCUGAGAACACAAGUUAAGGAGCUAAGAACUAUUGUUGAAACAAUGAAAGACCAGCAAAAAAAAGAGAUUAAACAAUUGUUGUCUGAAUUGGAUGAAGAAAAAAAGAUCCGUCUACGAUUACAGAUGGAAGUUAACGACAUAAAGAAAGCUCUUCAAUCAAAAUGAAUACUGGAUAGGUGGAAUGUUACAUUAUUCAUCAUGAGUGAGACUCAAAUUUAUGCCCCAGCCCAAAUAACUUUGUGCCAAAUGAUUUAAGAAUUGCCUCAAUAUCCCUUUGUUUGAAGGAUUAGCACAAGGGUUUUUGAUAGCACAACACAAAUUCCAAUGAAGAGGAAAAAACUCCAUGGGAUGCAGUUGCUGAAUGGCACUGGUUGUGACUGAAAUUGAUCUUAUUGUGCUAAAGUUUCUACUUCAAGAUCACAAAUGAAAUGAAAACUCAGGCAGUUUAGUCCAUAGUGGUACUAUUUUGAUGAUAUUUUUCCAUAAAUAAAAUGUAUUUCAGAUUAUCCGUUUACAAGCUUUAUGAUUUUGACUUUUUUUUUUAUUUUUUUGUCACAGAUUCCUAAAAUAUUUGUACUGCGUAUAGCCAGGACUGAAUGUUGAUGUUUGGGGGGCAGGGGUGUUAUUUUGCUUCAGGUAGAACAGCCUACUUUUUGUGUUAUGUUUUAAAUGCUAUUACAUAUGCAAUUUUAUGUCCACAAACAAUCUACAAUAUAAAUUUAAGUUUGUGUAGAAUGGCAUAUUUAAAAAAAAAGAAAAUCUUGUCUUUACAAUGAUUUGUGCCUUCUUUUUGCCACCCACUGAUUGGAACUGGUUGCAAACCAGAUCUCAAUAAUGUAGCUGCCAUGAUGACACCAAUCACUUAGGUCCACUAGAGGUCACUCUUCUGAUGUAUAGCUGCUCAGACAACCUAGCCAUAUGUGUGCUAAGGCAGCAUAAGGUUGGGAGCAGCAUUGUCUUACCAGCUGUGGCUUUUUAGCUUUCCUGUUUAAUAAGACUCUCAUUCAGCUAGAAAAUUCAUCUCUGCUUGAUUUUCAUUAGAAAAGUUAAACACCUGCCUUCGUCCCCAUUUUUGCACACUUUGAGUGAACAGAAUAUGCAUUACUAAAGCAAAAAUAAAUAAAAUUAACUAAAUAUAUCAUCAGUUAAAAGGUUGUAUUAUUUCAUACACAAGGUUCUCUUUGUUGUGUGAUGUUGUUUAACUUGCUAUUUAUGUGAUGUCAUUUGCCACAUUCUGUUGUAAGCUUUCUAACAUAGAUGAAAUAGAAGGAUUUCUUUAUAAUACAUUUUAGCAGCUGUGCUUUCUUUUCUGGUUUUAUGAAAAUCAAGUUUUGUGUAUGUUUGUUUGUUUGCAAUGGAGCAUUUCAGCCUUUGAAAGUAACCUGUUUCUUUCCUGUUAGUGCAAUCUGAAAACAAAGUAUUAUAUGACUGCUCUGGCUUCAUAUUUAAAUGGCAGCAGAUUUCAUUUAGCCUGUGAGAAUGGUUUUAUUAUGUUUCUCAAAUGCCCACUAUGUCUGUUUAUUGAGUUUAUCUGAAUCAGCUAAAUAUGGAUAUUUUUGUACAGCUUGUGGAAUGAGGGAUUGAUAAUGCUAGUAUUAGGAAGUGAUAAAAUCGCACAAAGGAUCUAUUAUUCAUCAUAUCAAGUGUUAUUAAUUGAUACCACCCUAGAGUUCCUGCAUCACAGUUUACUAUUCUUCCUGUUAAGGGUUGGAUGGGACUUAUUUCUCAAUCUGUCUGUGCCAUUCAUGAACAGCUGGAGGGGUUCUCGUUUGGUUAUAUGGAGAAUGUUUAUAUAUGUUUAAACACACACAAACAUCCCAGUAUACAUGUGUUACCUGAAGGAUUCUCAACUGGGUGUUCUGCAUGGGCAAUACAGAACAUUAUCAUCGGGUCAGUUUCCUUUGCUUGUGCUUUUAUGUAAUGAAGGUGUCUGAGAUUUCAACUUUUGUUAGUGAAAUUUACAGUCUUUGAUUUAAAUUACAGUGUAUUCUCAGUUGUAACUGGAACAAAAGCUCUAAUUACAUAUUUUGUCACUGAGAUGCUUUUAUUUAAUGUUUUUAAACAACUGCAUUGAGAUUUUUUAAAAUAAAAUUUAUAGUCCCAUCAUGGUUUUCCAGCAAUAAAGAUUUUUAGGUUAUUAA